AUGUCCAUGAACUUUGAGAAGUCCGUGAAAGGCGGGACGAAGGUCAAACUCGCACCGCCCAAGUCGAAAUAUGUCGAGCAUAUCCUUCUGGCGACACAGUCCGGCGAAGCAGGUGUUGCCGAAGUAUUCCGCACUCUCACCCCCCGACUACGCGAUUCGACAUGGACUGUGGCCUUCAAGUCGCUGAUCAUCGUACAUCUCAUGAUCAAGGAGGGAGCGCAGGAUGCGACAUUACGAUAUUUGGCCGCCGCACCGAAGAACAGGCUGGCGAUAAAUACAUUCACGGAUGUGCAGACGCAGGGGCAUAAUAUAAGAUUGUACUCCGAAUAUCUGCUGGCGAGGGCGCAGGCAUUUGCGGCGAGUAGAUGCGAUUAUGUGCGGUCGGGCGACAGAUAUAUGAAGGGACUGUCGGUGGACAAGGGUCUCUUGCGAGAGACGGAGCUGGUGCAGCAGCAGAUCAGGGCAUUGGUGAAAUGCGAUUUACUCACGAACGAUGUGGAGAAUGAGAUUUCCUUGACGGCAUUCCGGCUAUUGACUAGGGAUCUGCUGGACCUGUAUCAUGUGGAGAACGAGGCGGUAAUGAGUGUGCUGAGCCACUAUUUCGAGAUGUCAAAGCCGGAUGCCGAACGAGCAAUUCAUAUCUACAAAAACUUCUGCAAGCAGACGGAUCUGGUGGUGAAGUAUCUGGGUGUGGCGAGGCAGUAUGAGCAUGCGACUAGGUUGGAGAUACCGAAGAUCAAGCAUGCGCCCACCAGCCUUGCACAGUCAUUACAGGAGUAUAUCGAUGAUAAGGACUUUGAGGUCAAUCGCCGACAGUAUUUGGCAGAACAGGAGGCGAAACGAAUUGGGAAGCCGGCGCCGAAAAAAGCUGCGACGCAAUCUCAACCUGCGAAGCUUACGCCAGCUGAGACACAGCAGAGAGCGGACGCGAUCAUGCAGCCUGCCGCACCUCCUGCUGCAGCUGCGAAAGGACCAGCUCCAGACCUGAUUGACUUUUUCGAGUCGAUUGAGAUGAACCAACAGCCUAUGACGCAGAACGCUCCAGCGUUUCAGCAGCAGCCGCAGCAGCAGCCUCAGCCUACAGGCUUUCCGAUGCAAUCUCAACAGACUGGUUUCGUACCUCAGCAAGCGUUUGGUGUGCCGCAGCAACCACAGCAGACUGGCAUGCAAUCCACAAACCCCUUCGGAGUCCCACACCAGCAGCAGCAACCACCUCCGCAGCCAUUACAGACACAGUUUACAGGUGCUGGCUUCGGUGGAUACGGUGCGCAGCCUAUGCAGCAACAACAAACAGGCUUUCCUCCGAAUGAUGCGUUUGGCUCGCAACAACAGACAGGCUUCCCUCCGAGUGAGGCGUUCGGCUCGCACCAACAGACAGGUUUCCCUCCGAAUGAUGCCUUCGGCUCGCAACAGAUGCAAUCACCAGCACAGAUGCAGAGUCCGCAGGCAUUUCCCAUGCAGCAACAAGGUCUGCAACCACAACCCACUGGCAGCACGAAUCCUUUCCGGCAAUCUACUAUGCCAACAGGUGCCGAGACAGCUUUUGCGGCACCACAACGACAAGGCACGAACCCAUUCGCGAGAGGUACACAGCCUCAGCAACCUUCAGCUUUCCCGUCACAACCACAACAGCAACCUCAAGCCUUCUCACCACAGCCAACAGCGCAACAGCAGUCUCCUCCACCAAUGCUUCAAGCACAACAGACAGGCACGAAUCCAUUUGCACGUUCCCUUCCUGCCGCUACUCCAUCGAUGCCACAGCAGCUACAAGUGCAGCCAACAGGCAGCACGAAUCCAUUCAGACAAUCUGCUUUUGUUAAUCAUGAAACGGGUCAAGGGUGGCAGGUAGGAGGUGGGCAACAGACGACGAUGGGUGGGCUGGAGAACCUGGAGACUAUUCCUGUCUUUCCUAGGCCUGGACAGAUGCAGGCGCAAGGUCAGCAGCAGUCGCCUUGGGGUUGA